GAUAUUGCAAAAUAACCAGGAAAACAUCUGUGGUCUGGCACACUGAUUCGCGACAAUGGCUAGAAAUAGAAUUCACAAGUAUGGAAGUGAAACUGAUGUGCAUGGGACACAAACCAGUGCGAAGUAAUUGGACAAUGUUGAGAAGGAAUAUGAUAUAUUUUCUGCUGAGGUAAAGGCACGAAUGCACAUAAAAAACAAAAGAUAACAGAAAUAUCAUCAGUAGCAGUUUUUCUGAUUCACUGAAAGUCCCGGGGGAAACAGUAUCUGCUUUGUUCGGAUCUUCAGAAUGAUGAAACGGAGUGUUUUCUUUUUGCUGCUCCUCCUGAGAACGACUUUGGUUUCCACUUAUCAAAAUCUGGCUACGCGUGGUAAAGCAACUCAGUCAACCUGUUACCCGCAUCCCAGGGCAUCUGCCCUCAAUGCAAUCGAUGGAAACCGUAAUUCUGACUUUAUGGCGGGGUCGUGCACACACACUAAUGAACAGACCAAUCCCUGGUGGAAAGUGGACCUGCUUCAGUCCUACAUCAUCACGUCCAUCACCGUCACUAACAGAGGAGACUGCUGUCAUGAAAGGCUCAACGGGCUGGAGAUCCACAUUGGCAACUCUUUGGACAAUGACGGUUUAGAUAACCCAAAGGUUGGUAGAAUUUCUCAAAUUCGUUCGGGCAAAUCCUCCAAUCUGACUUUUACCAAUCGUGUGGAGGGACAGUAUGUAACUUUGACUGUGCUCGGUUCACAAAGGAUCCUCACACUCUGCGAAGUGGAAAUCUAUGGAUACCCUACUCCAACUGAGGAGAAUCUUGCACUCCAAGGAAAAGCCACACAAUCCUCACUGUAUGCAUUUGGCAAUGCAUUUAAUGCCAUAGAUGGAAAUCGUAACAGCAAAUGGGAAGAUGCCUCCUGCACUCUCACACAAAAAUCAAUGAGCCCCUGGUGGCGACUUGAUCUGCUCAAAACACAUAAAGUAUUUUCUAUUAAUAUAGUAAAUCAAGAUUCUCUUCCAGAACGACUCAAUGGAGCCGAGAUCCGCAUUGGCGAUUCCCUUCACAACAACGGGAACAACAACUCCAGGUGUGCUGUGAUCACAAGCAUCGCUGGAGAUGUUGUUGCUAAGUUCACAUGCAAUGGGAUGGAAGGCCGCUAUGUUAAUAUUGUCAUUCCCAACAGAGAAGAGUUCCUGAGUCUGUGUGAGGUCGAAGUGUACGGCUCUAGGCUGGAUUAAAAAACAUAAAAACAAACAAGAAGUUUGCACACUGCAGAAGUUUAAUAUUAGGUAUUUAUUGCAUGCCAACAAAUGUUUGGCAUGCAAACUUCCCAACCUGCUCUACCACCUGAGCUACAGGCACCCUCUGACUCUGCCCCUCGUUGUGGCAACGAUGUGCAUGGAUAUUUCAUAUGUAUGCUACAUUAGGACUGUUACAGUAAAAUAAUUACUUUGAUUCUAUGUAAAACAUGAAUCAAACUUUGCCUGAAGCUCUAUUUUUGGCAUUUCACAGCCAAGGCUUUCCCAAAGUUUUAAGUUAAAGUUUCACGCCCGAAACCGGGUUUCUAUAGCCAAAAAAGCGCGAUGUACUGUCCCGGACAGUAAAGUGACCCGGUCACUUAGCGUAUUCUGGGAUGCCCCAUACCCCACAGGUUGCCAAACUGAACUAACCCUCUUCGCCGAGAGGUCAAGGCCGAGCGUCCCACGGCCAGGAGGGAGAGUCACCCCCGAGCUCCGCGCUUCUAAAGACUCCCAGAGUCCCGUCCUAAGAUAAUUUAAUUAAUUUGAAAACACCCCAUAAAAUCA